AGGCGGCGUGAUACUCGUCAGCUUCCUGUAUAUACUUCUCAAGCAUCUUUCACCCUUUCUACCAGUGUACUCGCCUCGUGAAUUGGCGGUUGGCAAUGCUCACGAUCGGCUACUAACGGACAUAUACACAGGGCAGCAUCUGUUCACGAUUUUUUUUCUUCGUACCUAUCUUCAAGGAAUAUCAAAGAGACCGGAACCUGUUGAGGAGACAGCCAGGAAGACAAGGUCGCGACCGCAAUCAUGGCCAAAGCACUCCCCUCCAGCGUAAUCAUCGUCGGCUCAGGCGUCUUCGGGUUGGGAACGGCAUACGAACUCGCAACAAGAUCGAAAGACAUUGACAUCACAGUGAUCGAACGAUGUCCCUUUCCAGCACCAGAUGGCUCCUCAAUCGACAGCUCACGUAUCAUCCGCGCCGACUAUGCCAGCCUACCUUAUGCGAAGCUCAUGACUGAAGCCAUGCCCCAUUGGCGGGGAGCUUUCGGUGCUGAAGGUCGCUACACAGAAAGUGGUCUGGCUCUCCUCAACAACUCUGCUACUGCCGAUGCCAGCGCAGAGCAUUUCCUUGAAGACGCUCUCCGCAAUGUCACGGAAACUCUUGGUCUGAAGAAGGGCAAGAAAGAAGACGGCGGUCAAAUCACUGUUUUCGAUCGCGCGGCUGAUACCAUUCCCGUGGUGAGCGAGAAUUUGGCGAAUGCAAAGGGUUACGUGAACUGGACUUCCGGUUGGGCGCACGCCGAAGAUGGCGUCAAGUACAUGCGACGGCAGGUUGAAGCAUUGGGACGAGUGAAGUUCCUCACCGCCGAAGUCACUCGGCUCCUCUUUUCCUCUUCCGACGUCGAAGGUGUCAUCCUGAAAGACGGUAGCCGAAUGAAAGCCGACCUGACAAUCCUCGCCACAGGAGCAUGGACGCCAGCCCUCAUCGAUCUCCGCGGCAUCGCCUCUGCGACAGGCCAAGUCAUGGCAUACGUGAACAUCUCACCUGAAGAAGAAGCCCACCACUCGCAAGCAGGGCAACCAGUUCUGCUCUGCGAAGACGACGGGAUGUUCAUCAUCCCUCCUCGAGAUGGUAUCCUCAAAGUCGCUCGUCAUGGAUAUGGAUACGCGAACCCUGUGAGGAUUCCACAUCCUGAGGUCAGAGGCGAGACUAUCACCGUCUCCCUCCCUCGAACAGGCGUUACGCAUCCCAACAUGCAAAUUCCACCGGAAGGCGACGCUGCGUGCCGUGCGUUUCUACGAAAAGCCAUACCGUCGAUGGGCGAGCGACCGUGGACCAAUACGCGGAUUUGUUGGUACACGGACACCGUCUCUGGAGAUUGGUUGAUCAGCUACCAUCCGAAGUAUUCGGGACUCUUCGUUGCCACGGGCGGCUCGGGACAUGGGUAUAAGUUCUUGCCGAUUAUUGGAGGGAGGAUUGUGGAUGUGAUUGAGGGCAGGGAUAGGGACGAGCUAGGAAGUGAGCUGAGGAAGAGGUGGGCGUGGCCGAAGGAGAGGAUCGAGGCGGAUCAUGUUUGGACGAAUGAUUGGAGGGGAGAGGGGAGGAAGGGCAUGGUGUUGGAUGAGGAGUAUGCGAAGGGUGACGCGAAGGCGAGGUUCAGUCAUCGGCGUGGCAAGCCGCUAUCAUCGUCCACCCACGUUAGUCGUUUGCAAACCAUCGUAAGGAUCAACUUGCUUGUCAACGUGCACGGAUCGCCCAUCGUCAAGGAGACUUUCCGUGUCUCAGCAUUUGGCUUAAUGACUUCGUCGCCGGCAAGGCUCUACGUCUUGGGAAGACCGCAGUAG